AUGUCAAAUAUUCGACACAUCAGGCUAAAUUGGAAGUUCUCACGAAAAGAACAAAUCAAAGAAAUUAUGCAUGAGGCGCGCCUAAUGAGACACUUUGAUCAUCCAAACGUUGUUAAAUUCUAUGGAGUUGCUGCCGGUCAGGAACCUCUCAUGGUGAUUAUGGAACUCGCAAAUUGUGGUGCUCUCGACUCCUAUCUCCAAAAGCAAGAACAGCCAAUGGAUAAGAAAAACGAAAUGUGUCUGCAGGCGGCAUGGGGGCUGGAAUACUUGCAUGCGAAAAACGUUCUUCACAGAGAUAUUGCUGCAAGCACGGUAUAUCAGAUGGAUCCGCACAAAAGGGUUCCAAUUAGGUGGCUUGCCCCCGAAACAUUGAAAAUGGCCAUCUACACGCAAAAAACGGAUGUGUUCAGCUUCGGUAUCAUGUGCUGGGAGAUAUACAACAACGGUAUAGAACCGUAUCCAGGAAUGACUGUAGCGGAAGUUAAUCAGAAUGUUAAGGAAGGCUAUCGCAUGGAACUGCCGCCAAAUGUUCACCCUGAUAUACAAGUCUAUGUAAAGGUUAUAGUCACAGUUUCUAUUCAUUCUAGUGUUCAUUCCUGCUCAUAG